ACUGUGCGGGACGGUGCCGUCCUUCCAACAGAUAAGAGGUUUUCCUGUACUGAGUGUGGGAAGUGUUUCCGUUUUAAGUCUGGUCUUUAUGUUCAUAAAAAAUUUCAUACAGGUGAGAAGCAACAUUCCUGUUCUGAGGGCGGGAAACGUUUUGUAAAAAAAUCAAAACUUGUCACACAUCGGAGGUCUCACACGGAGGAAAAGCCGUAUUCCUGUACUGAGUGCAGGAAAUGUUUUUCAAGUACUUCCAGUCUUUCCUAUCAUCAGAGGUUGCACACCGGUGAGAAGCUGCAUUCCUGUCCUGAGUGCGGGAAAUGUUUUUCACGUAAGCCACAUCUUGACGCACAUCAGAGAUCUCACACGGGUGAGAAGCCGUAUUCCUGUCCUGAGUGCGGCAAAUGUUUUUCAAGUAGUUCCAGCCUUUCCUGUCAUCAGAGGUUGCACACGGGUGAGAAGCUGCAUUCCUGUUCUGAGUGCGGGAAAUGUUUUACAGAAAAGUCCAGUCUUUCCAAACAUCAGAGAUCUCACACGGGGGAAAAGCCGUAUUGCUGUUCUGAGUGUGGAAAUUUUUUUUCAGUUAAGUCGCUUCUUGACAGACAUCAGAUGUUGCACACGGGUGAGAAGCCGCAUUCCUGUCCUGAGUGCGGGAAAUGUUUUUCAUGUAAGACACAUCUUGACACACAUCAGAGAUCUCACAUGGGGGAAAAGCCAUAUUCCUGUCCUGAGUGCGGGAAAUGUUUUUCAAGGAAGUCAACUCUUGACACACAUCAGAUGUUGCACACAGGUGAGAAGCCGCAUUCCUGUCCUGAGUGCGGGAAAUGUUUUUCAUGUAAGACACAUCUUGACACACAUCAGAGAUCUCACACAGGUGAGAAGCCGUAUUCCUGUCCUGAGUGUGGAAAAUGUUUUUCAAUGAAGUCAACACUUUACAGACAUCAGAGAUCUCACACGGGUGACAAGCCGUAUUCCUGUUCUGAGUGCGGGAAGUGUUUUUCUACGAAGUCAUAUCUUAAUACACAUCAGAGAACUCACACGGGGGAAAAGCCUUAUUCCUGUUCUGAGUGCGGGAAAUGUUUUUCAUGUAAGACACAUCUUGACACACAUCAGAGAUCUCACACAGGUGAGAAGCCGUAUUCCUGUCCUGAGUGUGGAAAAUGUUUUUCAAUGAAGUCAACACUUUACAGACAUCAGAGAUCUCACACGGGUGACAAGCCGUAUUCCUGUUCUGAGUGCGGGAAGUGUUUUUCUACGAAGUCAUAUCUUAAUACACAUCAGAGAACUCACACGGGGGAAAAGUCUUAUUCCUGUUCUGAGUGCGGGAAAUGUUUUUCAUGUAAGACACAUCUUGACACACAUCAGAGAUCUCACACAGGUGAGAAGCCGCAUUUCUGUCCUGAGUGUGGAAAAUGUUUUUCAAUGAAGUCAACACUUUACAGACAUCAGAGAUCUCACACGGGUGACAUGCCGUAUUCCUGUUCUGAGUGCGGGAAGUGUUUUUCUACGAAGUCAUAUCUUAAUACACAUCAGAGAACUCACACGGGGGAAAAGCCUUAUUCCUGUUCUGAGUGCGGGAAAUGUUUUUCAAGGAAGUCAACUCUUGACACACAUCAGAUGUUGCACACAGGUGAGAAGCCGCAUUCCUGUCCUGAGUGUGGAAAAUGUUUUUCAAUGAAGUCAACUCUUUACAGACAUCAGAGAUCUCACACGGGUGACAAGCCGUAUUCCUGUUCUGAGUGCGGGAAAUGUUUUUCAAGGAAGUCACACCUUGAUACACAUCAGAGGUCUCACACGAGUGAGAAGCCGUAUUCCUGUACUGAGUGUGGAAAAUGUUUUUCAAGUAGUUCCAGUCUUUCCUGUCAUCAGAGGUUGCACACGGGUGAGAAGCCGCAUUCUUGUCCUGAGUGCGGGAAAUGUUUUUCUGCGAAGUCAUAUCUUAAUGCACAUCAGAGAACUCACACGGGGGAAAAGCCUUAUUCCUGUUCUGAGUGUGGAAAAUGUUUUGUAAAGAAAUCAAAACUUGUCAGACAUCAGAGGUCUCACACGGGUGAGAAGCCGUAUUCCUGUCCUGAGUGCGGGAAAUGUUUUUCAGAGAAGCGGUAUCUUGAUAGACAUCAGAGGUCGCACACAGGUGAGAAGCCAUAUUCCUGUUCUGAGUGCGGGAAAUGUUUUGCAAGGAAGUCCCAUCUUGACAGACAUCAGAGAUCUCACACAGGUGAGAAGCCGCAUUCUUGUCCUGAGUGCGGGAAGUGUUUUUCUGCGAAGUCAUAUCUUAGUGCACAUCAGAGAACUCACACGGGUGAGAAGCCGUAUUCCUGUCCUGAGUGCGGAAAAUGUUUCUCCGUUAAGUCGCAUCUUGACACACAUCAGAGAUCUCACACGGGGGAGAAGCCAUAUUCCUGUCCUGAGUGCGAGGAACCUCAGACUGUGCGGGACGGUGCCGUCCUUCCAACAGAAAAGAGGUUUUCCUGUCCUGAGUGCGGAAAGAGUUUCAAUUCUAAGUCUGGUCUUAAUAAGCAUAAAAAAAUUCAUACAGGUGAGAAGCCACAUUCCUGUUCUGAGUGCGGGAAAUGUUUUAUAAGGAAGUCACAUCUUGAUAGACAUCAGAGAUCUCACAUGGGUGAGAAGCCGUAUUCCUGUCCUGAGUGCGGGAAAUGUUUUGGAGAGAAAUCAGAACUUGUUAGACAUCAGAGGUCUCACACGGGCGAGAAGCCGUAUUCAUGUUCUGUGUGCGGGAAUUUUUUUUCAGAUAAGUGGCAUCUUGAUAGACAUCAGAGGUCGCACACGGGUGAGAAGCCAUAUUCCUGUGCUGAGUGCGGGAAAUGUUUUACAGGGAAGUGGCAUCUUGACACACAUCGGAGGUCUCACACGGGUGAGAAGCCGUAUUCCUGUCCGGAGUGCCAGAAAUGUUUUGCAGUUAAGUCGCAUCUUGACGCACAUCAGAUGUCGCACACGGGUGAGAAGCCGUAUUCAUGUUUUGAGUGCGGGAAAUGUUUUUCAGAUAAGUCCAAUCUUUCCUGUCAUCAGAGAACACACACGGGUGAGAAGCCGUAUGCCUGUCCUGAGUGCGGGAAAUGUUUUUCAGUUAAGUGCAGUCUUUCCUAUCAUCAGAGAUUGCACACGGGUGAGAAGCCGUAUUCCUGUCUUGAGUGUGGGAAAUGUUUUACAACUAAGUCACAUCUUUACAGACAUCAGAGAUGUCAC